AGUGUUAUCUCUAAUAGAAAGCGUGAGAAAGAAGAAUAAUUUUCACAGAUGCUCGCAUCUGAGGCUGUGUUUUGUACGAGGAAAUUUCCCAAUUUCCUGAUUUCAUCUCCAAAAUUCACAAUGAAAGUAGAGUUGGGUAGAAAUUUUGGUUGCCCGGUUUUCAAAAUUGAACUUUAAAACCGAAAACGAUCAAACUUGCCAUUGUUUUGCACCAAGAUCGCUUCAAAAGCUACACCAAGCAUGCUCCUACAAUUGUCGCUCCUGUUUUUUCUUUUUUCUUUUUGGGUCAAAAGAAUUUUCGUUCCUGUUGAAAACGCUUAUUUUUUACUUGCCGAACAUAUUUUCCAAGAAAUGGAAGGUGAAAAAGAAAAAAAAAUAUUAUAUCGCAUUACUUUAUGAAUGGUAUGACAGAUAAUAUCAAUGGCAAUAUGAAAUAAAAACUCACUAAAAACACAUGGUCAAAAAUAAUUGAUGAUACAAUACCUAUCUUGAAGAGAACUCACGAUCUCCGUUCAGGUUAACAUAAAUCUGUUUGUUUAAAAGUUUGCCAUCUAAGUUUAAAUACAGAAAAUUUCAUGUUGUGAAUGAGCGUGAUACCAGUCAUUUAUAGAUGAUCCAAAGCAUACAGAGUGUAAUUAAUUUUUCUAAUGUUAUUUAUGUUAUCUCUCUUUUUGACAAUAAAGAGUUUCACGUUAACAUGAGUUCUGAAGGCACGACAAAUGAUGUAGAUUCCCAAAACGGCGGCGGAACAACUGAAGCCAUGCCAACAGUGGUGGUCUCCGACCAAAAGUAUCGACGAUUGUUUGAAGCCGCAGUGAAAGGUGAUUGGAAAUCUGCCGAGAAAAUCCUCGAUCAAGAUCCCGAAGCAAUGACGGCCGAAUGUAUGACCGUAAAAGGUAUAUCCAUCACUGUGCUGCAUGUUGCGGUUAAGGCCGCACAAGAUCAGUUCGUUGAGAACCUAGUCAAGCGCUUGGCUCCAACAUAUAAAGUUCCUAGUAGUGCCCUCCACGAUGCUGCCCGGGAAGGAAGAAUAAGGAUGGUGAAGGCAUUAGUAGACAGAGUUGAUGCUAAAGAUGAAAAUGCCAAAGAUGAAAUUUUAUGCUUUGCCCUUGCGUAUGCUAUUUCAUGGGCUCCUAUGCAGAAGGAGGUUAUCUGGUAUCUGGCUAGGCGUGUAAAACAAUCCGCCCCAUCUUAUGGGGCCAUGAGCAGCCUAAUUAUGGCCGGCCAUAUGGACGUAUUGUUGCAUUUAGCUGAACGAUUCCCCGACUUGGUCAAAUGCCAACAUACCGACGAUGAUAGCCUGUUGGGAGACUUGGCGAAGAUGAAGUCUCAUUUCCGUAGUGGAGCGAGACUUAACUUUUGGGAAAAUUUUAUUUACAAAUGUAUCCCUCUAUGCUUGGUCGAUACAUACAACUCCAAAGACAUGAAGAUGGAUCGAGCACGUGAGCGGUUCAAGAUAUCACUCUGGAAUCUUGCCAUAAAAAUAGCACCUAUCAUCAAAAGAAUUGGAGAAUCUAAGUUGAAGCACAAAUACACGCAUGACUUUGCAGAACUAGUUCUUACAAAGAUGAAGGAUCCUACGAAUCCCGAAAUGGUCGAGUUUUUAUUGACUUCAGACAUUGUGCUUAAGGCUGCAUCUCAUGGAAUCUCUGAAAUUGUCAAGUUAUCUCUUGAGCAUUUUCCGGAGUUAAAAUGGGAAGAAAAUUUCACAAAAGAGCUGAUAAAAGAAGUUGUAAAGGGACGCAAUGUUGAGUUGUUUAGACUAGUCAACACACACAACACAAUUCCACGUUUGACUGACGAUAUGUGGAUGAAAGACGGCCUGAAGGAGGCAGUAGUGGAAUGGUCACCAAGACGUGCACCGACAGAUGUUUCAGGAGCAGCUUUUCUUAUGCAGAGAGAAAUUCAGUGGUUUAAGGUACUGGAAAAUAGGAGCGAUCCUUCUUUUAAAAGUCAGGAAUCACGAGAAGAAAAAACAUGCUGGGAAGUUUUUGUAGAAGAACGUAAAAAUUUGCUUAAAGAGGCAGCGCAAUGGAUGAAGGACACAUCGUCGUCAUGUAGUGUUGUUGCAACUCUCAUCACUACGGUAGCUUUCGCUGCGGUUUUUACAGUACCUGGAGGCAACAACAGCAUUACAGGGAUCCCAAUCAGUAUAAGCAAGGGCUCAUUCAUGGUAUUCGCGGUUGCAGACGCUCUCGCUCUCUUCUCCUCUGUCACGGCCACCUUGAUGUUCUUGGGUAUCCUAACUUCACGCUACGAAAUCGAAGAUUUCCUCCACUCACUACCGAGAAAAAUGUUAUGGGGCCUCACUUCUCUCUUCGUCUCUUUGGCCUGUAUGCUGGUGGCAUUUGGCUUUGCUCUGGCGAUCGUCCUGAGCGAACGAUUCAAAUGGAUAUACAUCCCAAUCACUUUGUUGGCUGCCUUUCCUGUCAUAUGGUUCACAAUCCUACAGCUUCCCUUGUGUGUUCAAAUGGUCAAAUCCACCAAUGUGCCUCACCUCUACCUCCUCUGAACCCGAGGAAGAUUUGGAGAGAGAGUGUGUGUGUGAUGUGAAUGAAAAGUUGGAUGGUGAAAGUGAAGAAAUGGGAGAAACUUCUGAACUUAAGCGCCUCCCUC